AUGUCUAGCAUGCAGCUUGGUGAAGUCAAGCAAGACCAACAGCCCGAUCCUCUUAGCAACUUGAAACGGUCCAAACCAAAAUAUAUCGAUAGAACUCUUCCACCCCCGCAACGUGAUGCUCAGAUGUGGGGUCUCAAGAGUGGCUUUAUAAGACUGCUCGUUUCUUCCUCGCCAAGCUACAUCUCGACCUUUCCAAAACAAAGGCCAGGAUUAAUGCCUACGCAAUUCCUGGGUGCAGCUCAAAAGAACCUUGCAAUUCAACCGCUGUGGGUUAUGUAA